AUGUCUCCUUCACUGACCGUUACGUCUCUUUCUCUGACCGUUACGUCUCCUUUACUGACCGGUACGUCUCCUUCUCUGACCGUUACGUCUCCUUUACUGACCGUUACGUCUCCUUCUCUGACCGUUACGUCUCUUUCUCUGACCGUUACGUCUCCUUUACUGACCGUCUCCUUCUCUGACCGUUACGUCUCCUUCUCUGACCGUUACGUCUCCUUCUCUGACCGUUACGUCUCCUUCACUGACUGUUACGUCUCCUUCACUGACUGUUACGUCUCCUUCUCUGACCUUCACGUCUCCUUCUCUGACCGUUACGUCUCCUUCACUGACUGUUACGUCUCCUUCACUGACUGUUACGUCUCCUUCUCUGACCGUUACGUCUCCUUCACUGACUGUUACGUCUCCUUCACUGACUUCUCCUUCUCUGACCGUUACGUUUCCUUCACUGACCGUUACGUCACGUCUCCUUCUCUGACCGUUACGUCUCCUUCUCUGACCGUCACAUCUCCUUCUCUGACCGUUACGUUUCCUUCACUGACUGUUACGUCUCCUUCUCUGACCGUUACGUUUUCUUCACUGACUGUUACGUCUCCUUCUCUGACCGUUACGUCUCCUUCUCUGACCGUUACGUUUCCUUCACUGACUGUUACGUCUCCUUCUCUGACCGUUACGUCUCCUUCUCUGACCGUUACGUCUCCUUCACUGACCGUUACGUCUCCUUCUCUGACCUUCACGUCUCCUUCUCUGCCCGUUAAGUCUCCUUCUCUGACCGUUACGUCUCCUUCUCUGACCGUUACGUCUCCUUCUCUGACCGUUACGUCUCCUUCACUGACUGUUACGUCUCCUUCACUGACUGUUACGUCUCCUUCUCUGGACCUUCACGUCUCCUUCUCUGACCGUUACGUCUCCUUCACUGACUGUUACGUCUCCUUCACUGACUGUUACGUCUCCUUCUCUGACCGUUACGUCUCCUUCACUGACUGUUACGUCUCCUUCACUGACUGUUACGUCUCCUUCUCUGACCGUUACGUCUCCUUCUCUGACUGUUACGUCUCCUUCACUGACCGUUACGUUUCCUUCUCUGCCCGUUAA